GGGCUUUAGGGUCACUCACGUCUUCUUCUUCGGUGCUGCCGGAUUCAACUUCCGGCUGUAUCGUCCUCUGGAAAUCACAACAAUGGGCAGUGUUUUGGCUGCCAGCUCCCCAAACCCUCCACCACCAGCCUCUGGCGGUGCUCCCGUCCCAGGGUUGACGGUGCCGCCAGGCUUUGGGAUGCCUCCAGUUUCCUCAGUUAUCACCCCCAGCGAGGCAGCCUCAGGACAUGAGCAGGAAGAGAACUCGUUGCCUAACCCGGGAACAUUCGAUGAGUGUCAUCGCAAGUGCAAAGAGGUUUUCCCCAUGCAGAUGGAAGGCGUCAGGCUGGUGGUCAACAAGGGCCUUAGUAACCACUUUCAGGUGAAUCACACUGUGCUGCUGAGCACUAUGGGAGAUUCCACCUACAGGUUUGGUGCUACAUACGUUGGAUUAAAGCAAGCAGGUCCAGCAGAGUUUUUUCCGGUCAUGGUGGGAGACAUGGACAACAGUGGCAGCCUUAACGCGCAGAUCAUCCACCAGGUCUCCAACAGAAUACGAUCCAAAUUGGCCUUCCAGACACAACAGCAGAAGUUUGUGAACUGGCAAGGUGAUGCUGAGAUCCGGGGAGAAGAUUUUACUGCAACGAUUACUCUCGGAAACCCAGAUGUCCUUGUUGGCUCUGGUAUUGUUGUAACACACUACCUCCAGUCCAUAACGCCGGCUCUGGCUCUGGGAGGGGAGCUGGUUUACCACCGAAGGCCAGGAGAGGAAGGCGCAGUGAUGUCGUUAGUUGGCAGAUACACAGGCAGUAACUACAUCGCCACUUUGACACUCGGCUCAGCGGGGGCUCAUGCUUCAUACUAUCACAAAGCCAAUGAGCAGUUGCAGGUCGGUGUGGAGUUUGAGGCGAGCACCCGCAUGCAAGACACCAGUGUGUCAUUCGGCUACCAGCUAGACGUGCCUAAAGCCAAUUUACUGUUUAAAGGUUCAGUAGAUAGUAACUGGGUCGUUGGUGCAACGUUAGAAAAGAAGUUGCUCCCGCUGCCGCUCUCUCUGGUCCUCUGCACCUUCCUCAACCACCGCAAGAACAAGUUCCAGUGUGGUUUUGGCGUCACUAUCGGUUAGACUGACUGAGCCGCAGGUUAUCGACCCGUAGACUGACUUCCCAGAACAGACAGACUCACUAUGGACAAGCAGAUUAUACCACAUGCAACACUUGUGUCCCAUCACCUCAUUCUGUCACUCGACUCUGCCAAUGUCAUGUUAUUGGUUUCCCAGACUGUCACAUCAAAUGUUGGUGAUUAGAAGGGAAUAAUGUAAAUCCAAUGCAUUUAAUGCUAUAAGAUGAAUUGUCUGAUUGAUUAGAAGUGUAACGUAUGAUUGGUCAGGAAUUUGGACUGUAGAAAGACGUAACACAUUAAGAGACAUUACAGAAUCACAGAGCUCUUUGUUUGUCACUGAGUUCAGUGCCUGUCCAGUUUUGAAUUUUAUUCAUGUUCUUUUGUUUGUUUUUUUUACUGUAAAGUCUGUCUUGGCGUGCAGUGAAUGGAUUUGUUGUCAUUUGCUUGUUUAAAGGUGAUUUAUUGGUUAAAGACAAGUUUACCAGCUAUCAGGAAGUAGUGUACUGUACCGCAUGUCACGUGUACAACCCAUCACUUGUUUUGUUGCCUUUUUUUUAUGUUACAUACAUAUGGAACCGUAUAUAUAUGACCUGUAUAUACCUCUUGGAAACGGAUAAAUAACAUUUCUUACAAAAACUG